CCAUCACUUUAUCUUGCGUAUCCGAGACCGUAGAAGAGGCCGAACCUUUCAGCCUUUGAGGAAAAGAUGGUCGGUCAAUCAGACGGCAAGACCUCGCCGUGGCUGUCCCUCGCCGCUGGAGGCAUUGCCGGCGGUGUGGAAAUGGCGUGCACAUACCCUUUCGAAUUCGCCAAGACGCGAGUGCAACUCUACGGACACCAAAAGGGAUCGCGGAAUCCAUUUGCGAUUGUCUUGCGCGUUGCUCGCGAUGAGGGGUUGUCGGCCCUGUACAAGGGAUGCAGCACGAUGAUCCUGGGCUCCAUCGGCAAGGAUGCCGUCCGGUUCGUCGUGUUCGACAGCAUCCGCUCGGUGUUCCAAGACAAGGAAACGCAUACCAUGAGCCCUAUGCAGAGCAUAGCUGCUGGAAUGGUGGCUGGCAUUGCGAGCAGUACAGUCAUCGUAACGCCAAGCGAGCGCAUCAAGACGGCGCUGAUCGAUGACGCCAAAACAACAAAAAGAUUCAAGGGUGCGAUACACUGCAUCAAGACACUUACCCAGGAGCAAGGUGUGCUCAAAGCUUUGUGGCGAGGAUACAUCACGACGACUUUGAAACAAAUCAGUACCACGGGUUUCCGACUUGGCAGCUACAGCAUUAUGAAGGACUUUGAGCGAUCGCGAGGGAUUAGCCCCGACGGUCCGAUAAUGAGCUUCGCCAACGGCGCCCUUGCCGGGACUGUCACCACAAUCGCGACGCAGCCAUUCGACACAAUCAAGACGAAAGCGCAGCAGGCAAAGGUGGUCGGCACAAUGGAGUCAUUCCGAACGAUCAUGUCUGAAGACGGAGUCAAGGGUCUCUGGAGAGGCACUGUCAUGCGCUUAGGCAGGACGGUGAUGGCGGGCGGCAUUCUGUUUACGGCCAACGAAGAAGCUAUGAAGGUUCUGAAGGUUCUUACAGGUAAAUGAUUUCACCCGAUGAAAUAGAGGGGCCGGGAGAUGUACACAUUAGACAAAGAGGGCAUGAAAACGAACGGCACGAAACUUCACAGAUGUAUGAACAACCCGCAGAUAAUAAAAAUCACAACAAAGCUAUCUGGAUCAAGGUAAAUAUAGAUUUUGGCAGCAA